GGAGCAACCGUAGAGCCUCUUCCAAGAUGCUAGUGAUCCUGCUCACAGUGGCUCUGCUGGCCCACAGCUCAGCUCAGAGACCUAAUGAAGAAUUUGUGGUCGCCAACCGCAACACCCAAGAGAGGCAACCCGCUUCAGGAUUCUCCCAAGAAUUACGUGGUGGUCAAAACCCUGACCUUCAAGUAGAGCAGCAGCAGCAAAAAGGGGCUCGAAGGCCACUGCGACCACCACAACAGUCUCAGCAGCCUCCUCUGCAGCAGUCACAACAGCUUCAGGAGCCUCUGCAACAGUCACAACAGCCUCAGGAGCCUCUGCAGCAGCCACAACAGCCUCAGGAGCCUCAACAGCAGCCACAACAGCCUCAGGAGCCUCAGCAGCAGCAGCAGGGACAACAACUGCAACAAAAUAAUAGGGUCCGCCCUGGAAACCGCCCCCCACGAAGAAGAUCUUAGACAUCUUACCAAGGCCAGUUUCAUCAGUAAUCAUUGUCAGAAAGUGAAUGAAAAGAUCCUGAGCUAAGAAGACAACAUCCUUAGAAGAUUAUGACAUAGGAGCAAUGUAAUUAUAUCUUUAUCUUCACUCUACCAAUAAAAUGAUGAG